CGUACCUGAUCUUCCACUCCGGUCUCCGAAGGUCACUCACGUCCGUUCGAAAAUGCUGUCAAGAACAUCACUUAUUGCAAGACAGGUUGGGAAAUCGGCUGCUGCCUGUCAGUCGGUCCGCCAUGGGAGCUGGAACAACAGGGAGACUGCUGUCAAAUAUAACAAUGACAUGGACUGUUUACCAAUCCCACAGGGUUCCUAUCAGGCAAAUUAUAAGGCCAUGGAUUUCAGGUCUAACUGGCAAAUAGCUGUCCUGUUAGGUGUUAACAUCGCAUUAUAUCAAAUUAUAAAGUCUGUCUAUCCUAACACAGAUGAUAGAGGCAAGCCUACUACCUACAAAAUUGAUCCACCUGUCUACGACACUUACGAUAAUUAACCCCAAGGAGAAAAUAGUGAAUGUGUGUUCUUUUGAAUAUAUUGAUGUAUUUCACUUGAUAAAAGUUCAGUGUUGAAUUAAAAAUAAGUACAGUGUAUAAGGAAAAUAGGACUACUUUGACAUUAAAAAUUCAUAGCUGCAAAGUACAUCACAUUUUGGAAGAUUGAACAUUGAGUCAAUAUUAAACUUGAAUUGUGAUGCAAAAUGUCCAUACUGUAGAUACUGAACUGUACAGAAUGUUUGAUAAUUAUUGUUAAAGUUUUAGGAGAGUAUUUGUGCUGUAAAUUUAAUUAACACUGGUAAAAAUUGAAUAAAAAAUACAAAUAUUUUA